AUGUCCCCACACAUGUCCCUGGACUCAAGUUCUUUCAAUAAGGGCGGGCAUAAUGAGCUGUCGGGUAGGGCGCCGUCAGAUUGCAGCUCGAAUUCAAGCUCGCAUAAAGCCUCGCGUUGGAAAACACGCAAUUACCAGCCAAGGUUCCUUCAGCAGCACAAGCAGCAGCACCAGCAGCACCAGCAGCAGUACCAGCUUGGCUAUCAAUUUAGCUUGUCGUCUCCGCCAAACUCAAAGUUGAUAGCACUACCUUCAGUGGAAAGUUUCCAGUUGGACAGCAUAAUCAACGAGCUCCGGCCCCAUAGCGACGCCGUGCUGGAACAUUUGUUGAAAGUGGCUAAGCAUUACAAGGAUGACCUACGACAACUGGUCAAGAACAAGCUUUCCUUUGAGCAGAAGAUCCAGUUCUUGAACAUCAAUGUGUGUCGAACGAGCCAAAAGACCAAGAGCUUGGUGCAUCGCUCCAGGAAACUGGUGGCAAAGCUUACUAGUGAGGAUGAGAACCUUGGUGUGUUGUUGGAGAACCUGGUGCUUGCUAGUCGACGAACGCGGGCUUUGAUUGAUCGACUUGCCGCGAGCAAGCAUGUUCAGAUUGACAGGGACAAGUACCCUCAUUUGAGUCGGUUGAUGGCGGCUUCAGCCCCGCCUCAAGCGCAAGAAACCAAUGACCGCCACAGUUUGGAGACGAGCCCUCCUUCUGCUUCUCCAUCUCCCCUUCCAAUGUCCCCUUCCAAUGUCCCCUAUGAGAUCGAAGCUGAUAAAGAAGCUUUGAAUCCCACUUUUGAGAGAGGUGAGGAAAACAUAUUGGCGGUAGAGGCUUCCGUGAGUUUAAUGGAGAAUCACGACGGUUCUAGUCUGAAAGAAAAUAGAGAGUCAAAGACAACAAAGUCCGAUGAAAUUUCACUACAGUCACCGCUUGCUGAGCAGCUAGACCAACUGUCGCUGGCGUUGGAACCACAGUUCCAACCCGCCGGAGUUGUGAUACUCGACGGUACAACUCCUGAGGAUGAGCACGAAAGCUUUGAAGGCUUCAUCUCGACAACCGUUUCCAAAUUUAGGGAAUUCAAAGCUCAGGCAAGAAACCACCAAACAAGUCACAGCACUGCUGCGUCAACAGACACGGCUCCUUCCGUAGCUGCUACUGCUUCCUCUCCAAAUACAGCGAUACGCAAUCCGCUCGCGUUGCUUUACUCAUCAAUCCUCAAAACGCACCCGAUCCAACAACAAGAAAUCAACAGCUAUCCAUUCCUAAUCAAAAAGGCCGGUCCUACUUGGCAGAGCUCACUGCACCACACCCACCAUAAAAAAUUGAGGAUCAACGGCGAUCUCCUCGACACGGCAUACUAUCAAAAACAACAAGACAAGAAACAAAAGCAAAUUCAAGAUGAGGAAAAUGAGGGUGAAAAUGAAGGGGAAAUUGAAGGAGAAGUAGACAACGGCCAUGAUCCGGACAAAAAACUUGCUCAAGAAAUGAAGCAUCCCAACGAACUUGAUGGCACUUGGAUGACUUCGCCGCUGCCGCCGCUGCCGUCGCUGCGACUGCCGCUGCUACUGCUGCUGCUGCUGCUGCUGGAUGACUCUUCCCUAGACGAACUUUUGCCCGUGUCACAACAAGCUAGCAAACGGCUCCAGUCCCCUACUCCCAAACACCAGCCUUCGCAUCAUUCCUUACAACCAAGCAGGUCGAUCCUCAAGCAUCCGAAAAAACCGCGGCGGAAAUCCAACCACGAGCACCGGGCGAAAGUUGCACAUCAGCUUGAUUCAGAGUUGGAAAAUGACCCAUUGCUACAAGUGAAUAAGGCGUUUGGGUCGAGGUCGAAUAGCAUUACUACUGACUAUACCGCAAUUGGAGAGAUUGCUGAAGAUGGCGCUGCUGAUACCGUUUCGAAAUUGAAAAGCUUUGUUUAA